AUGGAAACUUCCCAGCCCCUUUCCAUUGAAAGCUUUUCAUACAGUUGGUUAGUGAACCUAAAACCUUCUUUAGACAGUCUAGACAGCUCCCUCAAAUCCUCUCUUGAUGCACGUGAUGAAGCUUCUUCCUUCAUUGAGAUGGACCCAAGAAUGCCACCCUCUAGGAGAUUCUUCAGAAAUUCUCAAGAUUUUAAGUUUGACUUUCCCAUUUCACAAACUCCUCUCACCCUUGUUCAUGCAGAUGAGCUUUUUUCCAAUGGUUAUGUCAUGCCUUUAUUUGUUAACCCUUUGAAGAUGGAGGCAUAUGAAGUUUCUGAUUCAACUUCAACCCUGCCUACCUCUUCACACGCACCGAACCUUGUGGUUCCAGCUAGUAAAACACAUCGUCCUCCUUUGAGAAGGUGUCGAAGAUUGUCCAAGCGAAUAUUUUUGAAAUACUUGGAUUUUCUUAAGCCAUUAUAUAGAAGAAUACGAGGUUGCAAGUCAAGUGGUAGAGCUGAAAGUGUUGAUGCAAGAGUUCAGGUAAUGAAGAACUGGGUAUAUUCAGCAGGAACAUCUCCUCGAAUAAGUGUCGCAUACUCCACCGAUGAAUGGCGAAAGUCAUGUGAUUCUGAAAGCUCAAUUUAUGAGGCAGUUCUGCAUUGCAAAAAAUCUAUUGGAAAAUGAAUGGAGAAGGAUCCAUUUCAAAUCCACAUGGGAGAGAGAGGAAAUAGGAGGUGUCAAGGAGGUUAUCUGUUCACUUGUUUGUCCUCUUCCUUCUCUUCUUUUGGGAUGACAAUGUACAUUUAUUCUGUAAGGAAGUCAAAGCUGUGUAAAUGGUUGGCCAUGGAAUUCUGGCCCUGAGGGGGAAAAAGAAGAAUGCUACUUUGAAAUUUUGUUUUUUAUCUUUUUCUUCGAAAGAGUAAGACUAACUGCUUCAAGGAAUCCUUUCCUUUAUUUCUGUAAAGUUUUAAUUUUAAUGAAAUAAUGAUUAUUUUAUUGAGGGUACAUAUCCUU